AAACGAUCGAAGUUAGGAUAUCGAGCUUUAGACAGCGAGUUGAGAGAAAUACGGAUUCUUUUAAUCCAGCCGAACUCCUCAUUUGAAAUAGAGUACAGUCUUGGACAUACCUCAUUACUCACUUUCCCACUAUAUAAGGCGCUUUUAUAUACCUGA